UCAUGUCAAUGUCAUGUUUUCAGCCUGACUUAGUGACUUUGUUUACGAUUUACGGAUUUACGUGAAUAUUGUAAAUAAAAAACUAUUUAAAUGUGAAUAUUCAAAGAUAUUUAACAAAUUAAAAUUACUAUUUUAGUUUUGUAAUAUUUUAUUUGAAACUGCCGUCAAAAGGGUUUUUAGCCUAUAGGUACAUCAACAACAAUUUCGUAAAGCACUCAUGGUGUUUUCUCACUUAUUGUGCAAAGUAAUAACUGUGGUGUUUGUAUCUGUGUGCUGGUUUCAUGCAAUCUAUCUGAGUUGGAGCUUGUCAUCACUCCACCAAUAUGCCACUCACAGCUGAUGUGGCUGCUCAACAAGUGCAGGAGCGUCUUCGGUCCUUGCACAGAUUAAUAUAUGAUAUUGAAGCGGAAAGAGCUCGUAAUGAACAAUGUAUUGAUUCAAUAUUGAGAGCUGAGAAAGCUGUGGAGUCCCCACCCUCCAAUGAAGAUUCUUCCAGUUCUUCUCAACAGCAAAUGCAGUUGAAGAGUUUAUACAAAGCAGGAUUGUCUGCAGCAGAGCAAGAAGAGAAUCUGCUUCGGAAGGCAUUAUCCCGUAUUUAUGAAAUACGUAGCAUCAAAAACGAGAGGAGAAUACAGGCUCGGUAUGCAGGCAACAAGGAAACAAUUGGUUGCGGAGCUCUCAUGAAAAUGUUGCUGAGUGCCGCACAGACAUUGCCUCUACACGUAGGACGCGUCGGCGAGCGAGCUCCACCGCUGUGCGGGGCCGUGCCGCCGGACCCUGGACAUGUUGCAAAACCAGGAGACGCUGUCGCCGCUCUUGUUAGGGUGUCAGAAAAGGAGGAAAAUUGGAUAUUGGCGGAGGUGGUGAGCUGGCUGCCAGCUCAAGGUAAGUAUGAGGUUGAUGAUAUUGACGAAGAGCAGAAGAACCGCCACAUUCUUAGCAAGCGCCGAGUUGUGCCUCUACCCUUGAUGCGCGCCGACCCCCGAGUCGACGAGCACGCUUUGUUUCCUAAGGGCGCUGUCGUGAUGGCGUUGUAUCCACAAACCACCUGCUUCUAUAGAGCCGUAGUCAACAGGCUACCUGCUAAUGCUGCAGAUCCUUAUGAAGUGCUGUUUGAGGAUUCAUCAUACGCCGAUGGCUACUCCCCGGCGGAGCGCGUUGCGCAGCGCUAUGUGAUUGCGAUCAAGGAAGGCAAAGGUCGCGCCACCUGACACGGCUCCAGCACUUGUUCGGAGCGACCUCCCUCCAGCCGCUCCGAAGCCACUUCUAGUGACUCGAUGCUGUAGACUUGUUACAGUUAUACACGCCGUCUAAUUUAUGGACUUAUGCUAGAAGCCGACUGAGGAAUUUUCAUUUAAUUUUAAUUGAAUAUAGCGCUAAUGUCGCGUUAAAGCUGUGUAAUAUUAAAUUGAUGAGUGAACAUGUGAAUGGACAAUGGACAUUAAAUUUCAGGAUGAGCCUGAUACAAUUUACUUUUGAAUCUUUUUGAUUGCAGUAGACAUAAGAUUAGUAUUUUGGUGUGUUUUUAAAAAUAUGCACAAUUUUAAUGAAGAAUUAAGAUUACUGAAUUGUAGCUAAGAAAUGUAUCUAACUUACUAAUAAUAGCUUUGCUGAUUUGUUUGCUAUUUGGGCAAAAUGUAAAUCUAUUUUUGAAUCGAUACUAUAAGCUACUAACUAGUGUAUAUUAUGUUCUAUGUAUACUUGUAUAGUGGGUAAAUAAAACAAUAUAUUGGAUACAAUCUUUU